UGCGCGCGCGGCGUCGGUACUCCAAGAUGGCGGCGGCCAGCGGCAGCGGGCCCGGCUGCGGCGAGGCGGCGGCGGGCGGCAAGCGGGGGCCGCUCGGCAUCCCCGAGGCCGUCUUCGUGGAAGACGUGGAUUCUUUUAUGAAACAGCCCGGAAACGAGACAGCAGAUGUAGUUCUGAAGAAGUUGGAUGAGCAGUACCAGAAGUACAAGUUUUUGGAACUUAAUCUUGCUCAGAAGAAACGAAGGCUAAAAGGUCAGAUUCCCGAAAUUAAACAGACAUUAGAAAUUUUAAAACACAUGCAGAAGAAAAAGGAAUCCACAAAUCCAAUGGAAACCCGAUUUUUAUUGGCAGAUAAUCUCUACUGCAAAGCAUCAGUUCCUCCUACAGACAAAGUUUGUUUGUGGCUGGGGGCCAACGUGAUGCUUGAAUAUGAUAUUGAUGAAGCUCAGGCUCUGCUAGAAAAGAACCUGUCAACAGCCACGAGAAACCUUGAUUCUUUAGAGGAAGACCUGGAUUUUCUUAGGGAUCAGUUCACCACUACAGAAGUCAAUAUGGCUAGAGUUUAUAAUUGGGACGUAAAGAGAAGAAACAAGGAAGACCCUUCGAAAAACAAAGCAUAGUUUUGCCAGUUUUAAAUGUGGUUUCAAUUUCAAAAUAUUUUUUAUUUAAAUACCCCUGAAAUUCAUUCUUAAGGGACUGAGUUACUUUAAGCAGUGCAGUAAAUGGUAAAAUAUAUAAAAACUAAUGGUGAGCGGCAUUUUAUUUAUUUGUGAACUCAGAAUUUGGUUUCAUGCAUGCUUCAUGAAAGUAUAGAUUGUUUGAGAAGAUACCACGCAGUCCAGCAAAGGACGUAAUAUUUGGAUCAGACCAGUCUGCUAUAAGUAAAUUUCUGCCUGAAUGUUUGUCUGAAAAGGUGAGGGUGCAUGUAUGAAACUGACAGCAUGAUGGCAGGUUAAGGCCAUGCAGGGUUUACUUUUCAUUUCUGUGUGCAGCUGACGAAGGUAAAGUCAGCGUGGGCUGGGAAGACACACAGCUGUCAUGUCCUAGGAAAAAGGACAAACAGUGAAGCCCUGGAUUUUGUCUCAGUCAGUUACUUCUUUGGCAGCACCAAUAUACAAGCAUUCCACUUUGGAUAAACUUGAUUUUAAUGAUUCUGUUAGUUGACUGCCUGUUGCCGAACUCUCAGCACUUUACAUGCAACACUUUGUGACUUGUCUUCAGAAAAGAAUGCUAAAUGGAGUAAACAGCACAAGUUCUGUCAAGCCUGCAGGUGCUCUCACCCUGUUCUUUUUCCACACACGUGCACACAUGGCUUACUUUUGCAAACGUAUUGAACAAGGACACCAAAAUGCUGGCAGCCUGUAAAUGAAAAAAAACCCUACUUGCAAUCCCUUAGACAAGAUGUCGUUCAAAUGUCUUCACACUCAGCCUCCCAGCUGGUGAAACCUGUAUUAGAUGAGGAUGGUUGACUGCAGUCUGGCUUCUGGUGUUAACAGGUGGAAUAUUUUUUGGUUCUUACGAAGCCUUGCGAGAUUGUUGCCUUUUACCUCUGCAGUUUCUGUCUAAAAUGAAAUGCUCAGUGCUGAUGUCAGUGGCUAAUAUGCACAUUUAAGAGUACAGGUUUUGCUGCAAAAUAAACGCAAAUGUUCACUGUUGGAACUUCAUGUAAGAAACAACAUACCUGUAAAGUUUUUGUACUUUUAUUUCAUUAUAUUAAAAUAGUAAAACUAAACAAUUGUGGCAAACACCA